UAGACGCACAAGAAGGGCAGACGGGCCGGAAUAAUCCAUUAUUUAAUAAAUCUAAACAACUAAUUAUCAACUAAUCACAACAAUCCAUCGAAAAUGACCAGCACCAUAAACCCAUCACCACUAUUUAUAAACAAAUAAAAACCGAGGGGAGCGCAAAGUGCCAAGAAUAAAAUUCCAAAAAGUCCGGUAGCAAAAAAAAGCCAAUACUACUUACGGUGGAGCAAAAAAAAAACCGAAGGAACGGGGGAAUCGAGAGAUCGAAUGUGUGCGGAAUUGAAAACGAGAGGGGGAACAAGCCAUUUCUCCGUGUGAUUUUUUGUUACGAAAAUUAAUCAUUAAAAAUCGAGUGUUUACAUUGUUAUUUAUUACUAAAAACCGAAUGAUUGUGACUAAACGGGAAUCAGUGAGUGCGGUAUUUAUUAAUUAUUUAUUGAAAAUCAGCAUCCAUCGAUUGAUCGAGUCUAAUGAGGCAGAAGUAGUCGAAAAAAAGCCGUCAAUCGAUCGGAUUUUUCGCCUCUCGUGUUUGUGGACUCGCAGCCUCGGGGGCUCCUCUCCAAUUUUUUUUUCUCCUCAAGCCCCCAGUGUGUUUUAACCGUGUACAAGUGUGUGUGUUAUGUCAACGUAACCUGCGGCAGCACUGCCGCCUCUUUAGUAAUUAACCAAACAAAAUGGACACCAAGAUAACGAUUAAACGAAUGCCCGUGAGAUUUUUUUAAAUGGAAUAUGCGGGAGAAUGGAUUCACGAUAAAUAACACUUUUCACCCAAAGAAUCAAUGAUGGGUACGCCAGUGACAAUACAAAGAAUCGUGAAAUAUCCUCUUGAGCCUGAGAUGGAGGCGAAGAGUCGUGAAGCGUAAUAGAGACAUGGACUCGUACGAUCUAUUUGGAGAAGAUGUCAGUGGCUCGAUGCUCGAUGCGCUACCUGAUCUUGGGGGAAAUGAUCAUUUUGAUCCGUCAGGUGCUACAAAUACUGGUGUAGCUAGAGAUGGGGCUAAUACAGGUCCCAACGGAGGUGGGAGUUACAUUAAUCCGCCCUACAGUAUUUCACAAGAAUCUCCAUUACAAAAAUUAACAUCAUUCGGUGGUGGUGAACAAUUUGGCAGUGGUAAUCAAUUACAAAGUACAGGUGGACAAAGAGCCAUGUUCAAUCAGAAUUUGGGUAAUUUUGAUGGUGGUGCCCCACAGAGGGCGAUGGUACCAGGUACAUUUGCCAAUCAAGUUAGAGGUAUGGGGCCACAGCACAGAGCUCCACAUCCUCAAAAUCCAAAUCAAUAUCCUGGUUACUCAGACAAUAUGUAUUCAAUGGAGCAACAGCAUCCAAUGGCACGUGGCAAUAUAAGUAUGGAUCCUAAUAUGCAGGGUUGGCCAAGUGCUGGUGGUACUUAUUCACAGAUGCAGAGGCAUUACAAUCAAAUGGCACCACAGCCAACGGCCUACAGGCAACACAUACCCCAGUAUUCACACCAGCAGGAUCAAGCCAAUAUCAAUCAAAAGAUACAGCAACAACAGCAACAGCAGCAUUUCAAUGCACAGCAGGGAAUGCUGAGUAGUAUGGGUGUACCACAUCAGGCUAUGCAGCCAGGUGGUACAGCUGGUGUUUACCAACACAUGGUGGGACAACAGCAGCACUAUCAGCAGAGUAAUCCAGCUCUCUAUCAAGCAGCAACUGGUUACUCAGGGUUUACAAUGCAUCAGCAGCAGCAAGCCCAACAACAAGCACAGGCUCAACAGCAACCACAACGAAUGCCACAUCAUCAUCCGUCCCAUGCGACACAUCAAGCCCAUCCGUCGCAUCCACAGUAUCCUCAACAUCCUCAGCAUCCUGUGAGUCAACCAAGUAUGGAGACACAGCCACAGUAUCCUCAUCACACAGCCCCGAUGUUCAAUCAACCCCAGCAUCAGCAUCCAGGGGGUCAUCCAGGACCCCAACAUCCCCCUCAACAUCCACCACAACAUCCCCCACAGCAUCCACCUCAGCAUCCCCCUCAACAUCCACCUCAGCAUCCCCCUCAACAUCCAGGCCAGCAGCAUCCAGGCCCCCAGCAUCCUGGUCCACAGCAUGCAGGACAAACUGGACAAUUUGGCCCAACAAAACUGGCAACAAGCCCCCAAUACCGAGCUGCAUUUCCCCAGCUAUCACCCCAGAUGUCACCGAGACCGCAAAUGUCACCCAGACCACCAGCUGUCCAACAACAAAUGUCACCACGACCGAUAAUGUCACCAGCAAAACCAACGACAUUGUCCCCCCAUCCCCACGUACAAAUGCCUCAUCAGCAAUCGGGACCUCCAAAUGCUGUGUCAGUAUCCCCAUGUCCACCAUCAAUGUCAAUGCCAACGUCAACCCAACAGACAACCCUCCAGGCACUGGAGCAAAUGGUGAUACCUGGUGUACCAAAUACAAAUGUACCAGGUGGUGAUUACCCUCAAUUUCAAUCGAGACCACCUAUGCCACAUCCAUCGAGUAUAAUGCCACAACAAAACGCACAAAAUUCAAUGCCACCAGUGACUGGCCCACGCAUGCCAAUGCCAUCACAGUGGCCACAUCAACAGCCUCAACAGCCACCACAGCAACAACAACAACAGCAGCAGCAGCAGCAGCAUCCACCCCAGCAGCAGCAGCAGCAACCCCAACAGCAAUCAAUACCACCACCUCAACAGCAGCCACCCCAGCCCCACCAGCCACCACCUCCUCCCCAGCCCCAAACAAGGCCGGCCAUGGGGAUGAACGACAGAAUGAUGGAACAACCACCCCCAGAGUCAAUGUUCCCAGUGAAUGGUAAUGACAAUAUGCACAGUGUCGUUGAAACAACGACACGUGACGAUAAUCCAAGUAUAAAUCAAUCACAAUCACCUGACACUGCUGAGCCUGUCAAACAAUCACCAGAGCUUCUCACUCAGGAGCCAGUGCUAAAUACCUCGCAAUUAAACCUUCCCAUUGAACAACCCCAAACAGUUAAACCGUCAAUUGAACCAGUACAAUCGUUACCGGCGUCCAGUACAAGUGGAAAUGUCGAGUGCAGUACGCCAUCACCUCUGAUGCAGUCCCAGGUGGAGGUGGCACCGGCAGUUUCCACUGACAACGAGGCCUCAGACAAGGUCAACGAACAAUCAUCCGAGAUCAACACCUCCCAGCACCCAAUGGGCCCAAGCAUACCCCAGUUCCACGACAACCAGAGCCACAUGGGCCAGGUGGCACCAGUGAGUCAAUCCCAGGUGAAUCAGUCACAAACCCUGAGCCAAUCUCAGCCCCAAAUACCUCAGCAACCGUCGCAAAUCCAGGGACAACAGGCCCAGCUGCCUCAGACGCCCCCAAUGCCUCAACCCCAGUCCCAAAUUCAGCAGCAGCCUCCAAUGAGUCAACCCCAGUCUCAAGUCCCCCAGCCUCCAAUGAGCCAAUCCCCCCAGCAGUCCACCCAGCCACAGAUGCCCCAACCCCAGCCCCAGAUGACACCCCAACCCCAGCCACAAACACAAUCUCCCCUGAUGCCAACUCAACCUCAACCCCACAUGAACCAAGUCAACAUGAUACCCACCAGCAACUCGAUGAUGCCCCAGAUGCCACCGAUCUCCACUCAAAUCACUCAGGCUAACUCUGUGGCACCAGCUCACAUACCCCCACAGCAAUUGCCAGGUGGGCCCCUGCCCCCUCACCAAACAGCUGUUCCAAUAACGAAUAAUCAGCCACCACCCCCUCACACGAUGCAACCCUGUGGUUUCGGUGAAUACACGAAUAUCCAGAAGCCGAUGUACCAGAGUGACAUGAUCGUGGGUUCUGGCCAGCAGUACCACGGGGGUGAGAUUAUUCCAGGCAGCAUGCCAAACAUGUAUGGGAUGUCGACACCUGGUGGUGCCUUCAACAACGCCCACGCACCAGUGACUCAUCAUCAGGAGCGUGCAGCACUGCAGCAGCAGCUCCAAGAGCUGUUCUGCAUGCCCCCAGCCCAGGAGAAUCAGGAGAAAAUCGUUGCACUUCAGGAGAAACUCCAGGCACUCCAGCAGCACGAGACUAAUGACCAGUGCAAUGGAGGUCCUGGCUGCAUCCUGGCAACUCCAAUGUUCCAGUCAACUGUUGUUGACAGCCCCCAGGUGUCCAGUACAACUGGCAGGGGGAGGAGUAAAGGGGCACCCAGAGCCAAGAAAAAUCGCAAGAAGGCUGAUAAGGAGGCAGCAGCACCAAUCACGAGUCAACCGGUGCCAGCACCUGAGCAACCUGUCUCGGAGAAUCUAGUCACACCUGGCGACAGUAGUAUCGCCGACAGUGUUGCUGAUUCAGAGGACAAUAAACCGUCUUCCGGGGAUCACGAGGAGGAGUGGAAUAAGACGAGGAAGUCGAGGGUGCCGAGGAAGCCGAGGAAACCGAAGGAGCCAAAGGAACCUAAAGAAACUAAGAUAAAGAAGGAGAAAGUACCGAAGGAGGCGAAAUCCCCCAAAGGGAGAAAGAAGAAGGAUAAAGAGGGGCGAGAGGGCUCGAAGCGAGGGAGGAAGAAGGUCAUUGUGUCUGAUUCAGCUGAUGAGGAGGCUGGUGAGGACCACGAGGACGUGUCGGAGUCUGUGGCUGUGCAGGAUGCAGACGUGAAAUCCAGCGAGCCUCCUAUCCAGGAUGAUCAGGAGCAUGUGGACUCGUCGACAACUGAACCCAUUCAAACGGACACCAAGGAAGAGGGCGAUGACAAAGGGGACAAUGAGGAAGCUGCUGAUGAGGACGAGAAGAAGGAGGAAGUGAGGGAGGCUGCUGCUGUUGAGACAGCAACACCAGCCAAGAAGAAGUCGUCACGUAAACGAUCAGUUGGGGGUAAAGGGACAUCGACGAGAACGCCAAGGGCGUCGAAGAAACGAAAGAGCAGAAUUGCUCCGGAUUCUGAUGGCGAGGAACUCGCAACCACUCCUCCACCCUCGCCUGAGGCUGAUGACACUAAUAAACGCAGGUCGUCUCGUAAUACUCACAGGAAGAAAUAUGUCGAUGAUGUCAUGCUGAGAUUUUCGGACGAGGAGAUGCCAGCACCUGAUGCCAAGAAGUCUGAUGGCUCUACAGCUAAACCAACGUCCACUAAACGGGAGAAUGAGGGGGGUGAUGUGGGCCCCAAUAAACCAAACUUUGUGUAUAUUAAUACUACUGAUGAAGAUUCGAUGGUUGUGCAGCACAUUCUCUGUAUGAGGAUGGGUAAGAGGGAGGUGAAGCCCACAGCUGCUGCUGAGGUCAAGCCUGAGGAGGGGGACAAGGAGAAGAGUGAGGAGAAGAAGGAAGAAGCUGAGAAUGCUGAGGCUGAGAAGAAGUCCGAGGCUGAGAAGGAAGAAGACCCUGAUGAAAAGCCAGAGGAAGAAGAUGAUGAAGAGAAAGAAGCUAAAGCUGAAACUGAGGAGAAGCGCGAGAAGGAAGAAGAGGAGGAGGAGGACAAACAACCUCAGAAAACCGGAGACGAGGACAAAGACAAGAACGAGGACAAGAAGCCCGAGGAGGACAAGGAGAGGACCGACGAGGCAGAGGCUCAGGAGCCCGAGAGCACGGCGACGGAGCCUCAGGAGGAGGCGAAACCCCAGAUCGUGGAAGUCGAGGAGUACCUCGUGAAGUACAGAAACUUCUCGUAUCUCCACUGUGAAUGGAGAACGGAGGAGGAGCUCUACAAGGGUGACAAGCGAAUCCAAGCGAAGCUGAAGAGAUUCAAGCAGAAGCUCCAGCAGAGCACCAAUAUCUUCGAGAACACUGAGGACGACCCAUUCAACCCUGACUUCGUCGAAGUGGAUCGAGUCCUGGAUGAGGCCACCCACACAGACCCAACGACAGGUGAAACAGUCAGGCAUUACCUGGUGAAGUGGCGAUCGUUGCAGUAUGAGGACUCCACCUGGGAGCUGGAGGAGGAUGUGGACCCCGAGAAGAUCGCCCAGUUCAGGAAGUUCAAUAAGGUGCCGCCCAAGGACCAGUGGAAACCGAAGAAGAAGCCUGUGGCUGCCCAGUGGCAGAAGCUGGACGAGUCCCCAAUUUAUAAAUCAGGGAACAGUCUGAGACCUUAUCAACUCGAGGGGUUGAACUGGCUGCUGUUCUCGUGGUACAACGGCCACAACUGCAUCCUGGCUGAUGAGAUGGGUCUGGGGAAGACUAUUCAGUCAUUGACAUUUGUGGAUGCUGUUUACAAAUACGGAAUACGUGGCCCCUUCCUGAUAAUUGCUCCACUGUCAACCAUUCCCAAUUGGCAGAGGGAGUUCGAGGGCUGGACUGACAUGAAUGUUGUUGUUUAUCACGGGUCUGCAGCUAGUCGCACGAUGCUGCAGGAGUACGAGGUUUAUUACAAGAACGACAAGGGGAAUCAGAUCAAGGAUCUCAUAAAGUUCAAUGUCUUGAUCACAACAUUUGAGAUCAUCAUCACUGAUUUUAAUGAGUUGAAGGGGUACAACUGGCGUCUCUGUGUGAUUGAUGAGGCUCACAGGUUGAAGAACAGGAACUGCAAGCUCCUGGAGGGGCUCAGGCAGCUGAGCCUGGAGCACAGGGUCCUGCUGUCUGGUACUCCACUCCAGAACAACGUCAACGAGCUGUUCUCACUGCUCAAUUUCCUCGAGCCCAAUCAGUUCGCCAGCAACGAAGCCUUCUUGAAGGAAUUCGGUAAUUUGAGUAGUGAGGGUGAAGUCAACAAGCUUCAGCUCCUGCUGAAGCCCAUGAUGCUGAGGAGAUUGAAGGAGGACGUGGAGAAGUCUCUGGCUCCCAAGGAGGAGACUGUCGUCGAGGUUGAGCUCACAAAUAUCCAGAAGAAGUAUUACAGAGGAAUUCUCGAACGAAAUUUCUCGUUUCUGGCGAAGGGAACCACCUCAGCUAACAUUCCCAAUCUUAUGAACACGAUGAUGGAGUUGAGAAAGUGCUGCAUACAUCCGUUCUUGCUGAAUGGCGCUGAGGAUCAGAUACAGCUGGACUACAAGACUGGAGAGAAGGAGGAUUCUGACGCUUAUUAUCACGCUUUGGUCAACAGCUCUGGAAAAAUGGUGCUCGUUGAUAAAUUGUUACCCAAGCUGAAGGCUGGUGGACACAGGGUGCUGGUGUUCAGCCAGAUGGUGAAGUGUCUGGACCUUCUCGAGGAUUAUUUGGUCUACAAGAAGUAUCCUUACGAGAGGAUUGAUGGGAGGAUUAGGGGGAAUCUGAGACAAGCUGCUAUUGACAGAUACAGCAAACCCGAUUCAGACAGAUUUGUCUUUCUACUUUGCACCAAGGCUGGGGGGCUUGGCAUCAAUCUAACAGCUGCUGACACUGUCAUCAUUUAUGACAGCGACUGGAAUCCUCAGAAUGACCUGCAGGCACAGGCCAGGUGCCACAGGAUUGGGCAGCAGAAGAUGGUGAAGGUUUAUCGUCUUCUCUGUCGAAACACUUAUGAACGAGAGAUGUUUGACAAGGCCUCCAUGAAGCUGGGGCUUGACAAGGCCAUUCUUCAGUCUAUGAACACUGCUCAGGGCUCUGGGGGCAAGGAUCCCGGGAAUAAACAGCUGACCAAGAAGGAGAUUGAGGAUUUACUGAAGAAGGGGGCCUAUGGGGCCAUCAUGGAUGAUGACACUGCUGGGGAUAAAUUCUGCGAAGAGGACAUCGAUCAGAUUCUCGAGAGGAGGACGCAGGUCAUCACUAUUGAGGCCGAGAAGGGCUCCACUUUCUCCAAGGCUAGCUUUGCCUGCGCGUCCAAUCGGUCUGACAUCAAUAUUGAUGAUCCUGACUUUUGGAACAAGUGGGCGAAGAAGGCGGAGAUUGAUACCACUGAGAAGAAGGAGGAGGAGGAUCUCGUCAUCUCGGAACCCAGGAGGAGGACGCAGAUCAAACGAUAUGGACAUGAUGAGUCGGUGGUGGAUAUGUCAGAGCUUGAUAGCUCUGAUGACAGCGAUGAUGAUGGGGGAUUAACAGGUAGAGGGAAAAAGAGGCGAGAUAAAUUCGGAAAGAAGAAGAAAUAUUGUGACGAGUAUGUGCCAAGAGAGGGUGAGGUGGUGUACGGAAGCUGGGCGAGGAGUGAAUGCUUCAAAGUUGAGCGUGGAUUACUGACCUUUGGCUGGGGACGCUGGGAGGAGAUUCUCCAGCACAGCCAGCUACGACGUGGAUGGCGUGAAAUUGAUAUCGAGGAUUGUGCUCGUGUCAUUCUACUGUACUGUCUUCGUUAUUACCGGGGUGAUGAGAAAAUUCGUAGCUUUAUAUGGGACUUGAUAACACCUCUGGAGAAUGGGGAGAAGGUGAAGACCAUUACGAUUAAUCAGGCGAAUAGGAACAGCAGGAAUAAGAAGAAGAAUUGUAGGGUGAGGGAGGGAGUGAGGGAGACGAGGGGCUCCACUGUCAAUGGGGGACCCAGUGAUCCGAAUCAUUGGAGUCAUGCGGAGAAGUACGACGGGGACAUCUUCCUCGAGAGCACGUACAGAAAACAUCUCAGCAGACAUGCGACGAAGGUACUUUUACGAGUCCGUAUGCUGUACUACAUCAAGCACGAGAUAAUUGGUGACCUGGUGCAGCACAUAUCGGACGGUGUACACGUCAGUGCGUUGCGGAUAGAUCCUCCUCAGUUACCGGAACGACCAACGAAAUGGUGGGACGCUAUGGCUGACAAGUCACUAAUUGUUGGCUGCUACAAACAUGGAUACGAGAAUUACGACCAGAUGAGGGCCGAUCCCACGCUUUCUUUCAUUUCAAGCUGCCCUCUCCCUUCCCAGACACAGACCAACCAAACAGAACAACCAAAGGAAGACAGUAUCGACCAGGACAUCGAAGAUGGCGAGUGUUCGGGCGCCCAGAAGGUCAAGGACGGUGAUAAAUUCGGCAGAGAAACCCCGGCUGAUUCGCCAGCAAUAUCCAGCAAGGCAGAUACUCCAGUGCCAGAGGCAGGUGGCAGUCACGAUGGGGCUGAGAUGCUCCUCGACGAUGAUAAAACGUGGCCAUCAGUCGUUGAUCUCAAUACCCGGUUACGAAGGGUUAUCUCUUCCUAUCAGAGGACUGUUGGGAAGAAGGACGAGGUCAAUAAGACUCUGCAGAAGGGAGCGAAACCAACUAUGGAGAUCGAGAUGGCUAAUCAGGCUGGACCGAAUGCCGGAGAACCUCCACUCAAUCUGGAGGGGUGGGAUCUUCAGAAGCUUGCUAUCUAUCUUUUGAAAAUAGAGAGGCGAGAAACAACGGCAAAGAUGGUGAAGGAGUUUGAGCGCUAUCGCGUAGAGGAGCAGAAAGCCAAAUGGACCCGCAGGGAAGAGAGUGAAUUCCUUCGUGUGGUCUCCACAUACGGGGUUAAUUACGAUCGUAAGAAAGCUCAGUAUGACUGGACAAAAUUCAAGAGCCUAGCGAGAUUUGACAAGAAGUCUGACGCGGAUCUGACUGACUACUACAUGUCCUUCCGUGCAAUGUGCAAGAAGGCUUGUAACUCCAAGGGGGGCGAGGAGGAAGGUGUGUUCCACAUUCCAAUUGACCAGUUGAGCCCGGGCAGAGCGCGGCAAAUUCUGGACCGUGUGGAUCUCCUGAGUAAGAUUCGCGAGGAGAUUCUCUCCCACCCGCACCUGGAGGAGAGAUUGUCCCUCUGCCAGCCCUCAGGAGACACUCCAGACUGGUGGGUACCAGGCAGACACGACAAGGAGCUGCUCCUGGGAGCAGCCAAGCACGGCCUGGGUCGCACCGACAUAACAAUUCUCAACGACCCUGACUUUUCCUUCCACAAAAUACUCGGUAAGAGUAUUUUCGGUGGUAUUCCACCAGCGAAAGCGGCAGCGGCCUUCGACAAAACCGAGAAAGCCAUUAAAAUCGAGAACAGAGACGACAUUUUGAAGUUCGAUAAAGACGAGAUUCUGGUGAAGUUGGAGAAGGGCGAGGGCACCCUGAAGAUCGAAAAAGUGGGUUUCAAGCGAGACAGCUCACUCCCUCCUCCGGACAAGAAGCCCGAAGUCCCAGAGAAGGGCAGAGUUGAGCUGACAAUCGUCAAGUCUGAGGGUAAACUCGAGGAGAAGUUCCCCAAGAGUGGACUGACGAUCACGAGUCUCUCAACAAAGUCUCCUGAAGCUGAUAAAUCCUCAGAAGUCUCUGCUGCCGCUGAUAAACCGACUGAAGAGACUCCUGAGCCCGAAAAAGAUCAGGAUAAAUCAGCUGAAGCAGAUGAGAAGAGACUUGAGCCCAAAGUGACAGAUCCUGACGUUGAAAAAUCGUCUGAGGAGGCCGAUAAGCCUGAGGACAAGCCUGGGAAAUGUGAGGAGCAGGAAGCAGAGAGAUCUGAAGAUGAAUCUAAAAAAGAGGAAAUUAAAGAGAAAGAAAACGAAAAAGUGGAAGCAGAGCCAGAAGCUGAAGAGGAGAAAUCAAAAACUGACGAGGAAUCACCGAAAGAGUUCUCUGAAGCAUCAGAAGAUACAAAAUCCUCAGAGGAAGUUUGCCCAGGUGUCAAGUCCUCCGAAGAAGAUGAAAAGACUCCUUCAGAGGUCGAGAAACCAGAAUCCCCUGAGGAGAUGGAGGUCGAGUCUUCAGAGGCUGCAGGCUCGCCUUCAAAACUCGAGUCAGAAGAGACUUCAGAGAAGCCUCACCAAGAGAAGCCCUCAGAGGACUCUAAAAUGGAGGUGGAGGAGUCCCCAGAGGUCCCCAAAGCCCCAGAAAAACCAGAGGAAACCCCAUCAGACGCCACAGACUUGCCCCCAACUGACGCAAAGCCCUCAGUCGAGGAGAAGUCAACAGAGGCUGACGAGAAAUCCCUGGAGAAGCCUCCAGAGAAGCCCGAGAGAAUCUCGGAGGAUUCCCCAGCCCUUGAGGCCAAGCCAGAGGACUCGACUCCCCUAAAAGAGGAACUCCAAGAGAUCCCCGAGGACAAAAUGGAAAAGGAGUCAGGAAAAAUCCCCAAAAUCGAGGACAAGGGAAGCAUCCAGGCAGCAGAGCUGAAGGCGAUGUUCCCCGACCUCGAGGUGAUCCAGCCCCUGUCUCGAUUAACCCAGAUCGACACAUUCGUCCUUCGAGACAAGUCAGAUUAUCCAGAGCCAACGAUGCCCCCUCUGCUCUCCCACAACUACCCCUCAUCCGUUAAAUGGCCGAAGGAGCAUGCAGUUGAGGCUAGACUGAUGCACAUUGUCCACGCAAUUGAGCACAAGGAGUGGCCAGUGGCGAUGAACUUCACAGCUGGUGACGAAGUGGAGAUUAUUCCAGCUGAAAAGGACAACUCAGAGGUCAUCACCAUCACGACUGAUCACGGUGUAUCGAGGGCCCUGGCAGCCACCACCAACAAUCUCUCCUCAAAAAAACGAAAGAGACACAUUGCUAUUGACGUUGAAACUGAGAGAGCCAAGCUGCAUGCUUUAUUGAACAGUAGCCACAUGGCACAGCCCCCUCAGGCCCUCAGCAAGCCCUCGGUGCUGUCGGGCUCGUGGGACUUGACCGAGGAAUCACAGUCGGAAGACUCCAGGAGAUCAACCCCUCAGCCACCACCUGCCCACCAGCAGACGAGAAAUCCAGCUCCAUUCGAUCUGAAGUACACAGUCCCUGGUAAAACAACGAUCAUUCCAGGCACCUCCAGCACCCUCACCCCCAUUGAUCUCUCUGCUGGGUACAUGAAGACCUCCAACGAAGCCAACAAGGACAUCAUGAAUGAGGUGCAGGACUUCUCGAUGCCCAGCAAGAACAAACAGCCCAGCAGUAACAAGGGCAAACUCGACAGCAUGCUGGAUAAACUCAUGAAGAGGAAGAAUGUGCCCAUCGACGAGCCAGUCAUUGGUAAAGAGAAAAAACGAAGAAAAUUGGACGAGAUAGUGCUGGGUCUGAGUGCAGCUAAAGAGCAGCAGGGCAGCCACUUCCCAGAGCACAACAAGAAGAGUACAAUAACCCCGAAUGUGACAGUGACCCCAACAUCAGCCCCAAUAGGGCUUCCAACUCCACCAGCCCCAGCCCAGAAGCCAUUCUCGAUAACAGUGACAUCAAUACCAUCGUCACGAGCUUCAGGAUCGUCGAGUCAUCAGCAGCCACCGCCAUCCCUUCACUCUCACAAGGACAGUUUCUCAGCACUGCUGGCACAAGCUGAACAGCAGAAUCGUGAUUUGAAGAAGCAACAGCAGCUCCACCAGGCCCACACGAGCCAAUCGAAUCAGCAGCUUCAGCAGCAGUUGCAGCAGCAACAGCAGGCCUUCAACUCCGCCCACAUGUCAUCGAGCAGUCAUCGCAAGAGUUACGAGGCGAUGAUAGCUGAUAUUAACAAAGUGGCUGAAUACUCAUCGAAAAUAGGUACCUACUCACACGAGGCCAAAGUCAACAAGUGGCUUGCUGAGCAGACAGCAAUGUCCGAUCAAUUGUCAGCUGAAUAUCUGAAUGCACCAAGACGACGUCGUCCACGUGUCGAUCCAUCCCUCCUCGACUGGAAGAAGCUAACUGGUGAAGAGAAUGUAGCUGUAAUUAACAGAAUAACUGGUAAGAAAGUAACUGGCAGUAAAGCACCACAAUUGAAACGUCUUGGCCAGUGGUUAAUGGAGAAUCCCAUGUUCGAUGUAGAUCCAAAGUGGGCUGAAUUGGUGAAGGAACGUGGCAACUUGCCCCACGACUUGCAGAAGAGAUUGCCAGGACAAGAGAGAAGCAGUAGCAAAGGUAAAACACCAGGUAGACCACCAAUGAUGCCAAGCCCAACGAGCCAACAGCAAACCAGUCAGAAUUUAGCAGCAACAUCAAUGGCAUCACAGCUCAAUUUCCCAGGUCUGGGUAAUCUUAAUAAUUCAUUAUUAUCAGGGUUAUCGUUGGGUAAUUUUGAUCCAAAGAACAAUCCACUAUUGAUGCCAUUCGGUGGAUUACCUAAUUUGGGUGCACUUGGGGGUCUUGGGAAUUUGGGUAAUCUCAGUAAUAUGAGUUUGACAAAUUCACUUUUUGCCAAUCUUGCUGGCCUUGGUUUACCAUCGUUGGCGGGUAUGGAGGCACUGAGUGCAUCAGCAGCAGCCACUAGUUCUGCUGAUACUAAUGUUGUUAAUUCGUCGAGUAAGACGACAACAACGAGCACCAGUAGUUCUAGUAAAUCAAGGUCUAAACAGAUGGAUCCACCAACGUCAAAGUCAUCAGCACCAUCGACAUCGUCGAAUUCAUUACCCACUACAACACCAUUCCCAUUUUUCUUCCCCAAUCCAAGUCUGCUUUAUACACCACUUGGUCUUGGGGGAUUGAAUCCAUUCUCGAUGCAGCCUGGUGGUGUUUCAUCGGCUUAUGAGAGUCUGGCCCAGUGUGGACUGUUGAAUCCCCCCACAUCGACUGCCUCGACGUCUAGGAAGUCCACGUCGUCCACCAGCAGUAGUUCUAGACGAGAGUCCACUGCUGACAUGUUGAAACGUAAAGAUGCUGAGAAGAAAUCGUCGAGUGCUGCCUCUAGGUAUCAGAUGGACUCCUCCCUGGCGCUGCAGGCAUACACAGACGCCAUUCAUGCUGAGGAGAGAAGGAGAAGUGAGGCUGAGAAGAAAGAGGCACUUGAGCACGCUGACAUUGCUGAUCUCUCAGCGAGAAUCGAGCGAAAGAGUAAAGAGCAGGAGAUGAAGGAAGCACUGGAGCAGUUGAGUAGAACCAGUGCUGAGUUGUUUACUAGGAGCAUUGAGGAGACCCAGAGACCCCAGAAACGAAGCAGAACGUCUGAGCCUGUCCAGGAGACACCAGUGCCAGCUUGCCUCGAGGUCACCCUGGAGCCUGUUGUCAAGAAGAGUCGAGUGGAGCCUGAGCAGAAGGCACCCUCCACCUCGUCCUUCAGUGACAUUGCUGAAGAGUCACCAAUAAAGACCACUAAAUCCCACACACCAUCAUCAACACCAGCAUCAACACCUCAACCCACUCCUGCAUCAACUCCAACACCAACGACACCAGCACCCAGACAAGCUACACCUCAGCCCCAGGAGGAGGUGUCCAACACACCCCUGAAUACGUCUUUAAACACUUCAUCUAACAGUAACAAAGAGUCUGUUGAGUCUCAUUCUGAGGAGAGCAAGGAGUUACCAUCGACAAAUGCUAAAUCAGAGAGCACAAAGUCCAGUAUUGAGCAUGAGGAGGAGGCCAAGGCCAAGUCUGCUGGGAAAAAAUCGAGGGGUGCUAAACGAGUGAGUGUUGAACCACCUGUUGAGAGGAAGAAUCUGAGGUCGAGUGCUGGCAGACAGGCUAGAGCUGCUGCUGAACGACAGGCCAGGAUGGAGGGGGAACAGCUGGCACAGCAGGCUGCUGAAGAGGCCCAAUCCAAUGAGUGAGGAAGGUCUUCACGACGCAAGAGAAAUGGGUGAUACAAAAAAUUUCAAGCCAAGAAGAAGUGAAAUUAAAUCAUCCAGUCUUUUGACGUCAUUAAAUUAUUUGAGUAAAUAAAUUGAUCGAAGUGACUUUUAAUGAAAACUGAAAUGAUAUUCAAGUGAAAAUUACGAUGAAACACUGGGGACUGCGUGUUCAGGUAGUGAAUUUUUAAAACAAAUUGGAUGUUAACGAGAUGACGCUGGACACAUGUGGGUUUUAUUGGGAAACAGACAAUUGUGUGAGUACAGCGGGAGAUUGAUUAAAUACAACGCAAUAGUAUUUUGUGGUAUAAUACAUUGUGUGGUAAUCCCUAACGAUUAGUAAUUGAAGUAAUUAGGGUUAAAGUGAGGAUAUAAUUUUUGUUAAAUUUAUUAUUCUAUAAUGAUUAUGAAUAUUUUUUUUUCCUUAUCGACUUUUUAUUUUUGAUCUUAUUGGUUUAUUGAACCAGGGACUGUUUUAUAUACUGCUAUAAACAUGAUUAUAUAUUAUUAUUAUGCAUAAUAAUAUAACCCGUACGAUGAAAUAUUGAUUAACGGAUAGUAAUAACUUAAUUAUGAUGAGAAUAAUUCAAUGAUUAAGACAGUGAAACGAAAUGAAACAGAUAACUUGUACAUAUUUGCAGUUAAUAAUAAAGGAAAACAACAAUCUGCCUAGUUAUUGUAAACGAUUGAGGGGAAGGUGGAGAUAAUCGUGUACUUGGACAAGUGUAUAUAAUGCAGUGUACUUUUAAUUAUGAGAGAAACAAAAUAGGUGAAAUAAUAAAUGGCUUCUUUUGUUGUUUGCAAGAACGUGAUUAAAUAUUGAAUGAGAAAAAUUAAA